UGUUUGAUAUGGGUGUACCACUGUUUUUAGAAGUAAGACAUCUUUAUGCUGGCAAACAUACUUCGUCUUGGUAAAAAUGGACGGUGGUGGUAAUUGCGGGAACAUCAGUGGUAUUAUGAAUAAUAGACAAAGGACGAUGUUAACAAACAAAGGUCGUGCCGACUGCGUCCGCAACCAGAGAAAAGACUCGGAGGGCUUCUCUGAGUUUCCGGAUCUAGAAUUUGAAUAUGCGGACACAGACAAGUGGGCAUCGGAAUUAUCAGAGAUAUAUAGUUAUACAGAGGGACCCGAGUUUAUAUUGAACAGAAAAUGCUUUGAAGAAGACUUCAGAACUCAUGUAACAGACAAGUGCUGGACAGAGUUAGACUCUGUCCAUCACCGAGCACAUGCCAUGCGCCUACUGGAUGGACUAGAGGUCACAGCCCGUGAAAAAAGACUGAAAAUUGCCAGAGCAAUACUCUACAUCGCACAGGGCACUUUUGCAGAGUGCUCAUCUGAAGCAGAGGUGCAACACUGGAUGCGUUACAAUGUAUUCCUCUUGCUGGAGGUGGGUACGUUCUCGGCCCUGGUGGAGCUGCUGAACAUGGAAAUUGAUAACAGUGCUGCGUGCAGCAGUGCAGUGAGAAAACCAGCAAUCUCUCUGGCAGAUAGUACAGACCUCAGGAUCCUACUCAACAUCAUGUACCUCAUGGUGGAAACCAUCCAACAGGAGGACCCAAUGGACAGUCCAGAGUGGAAAGUUGCUAGAGAGACUUUUAAAACUGAACUAGGCUCAACUCUCUACAACAAUGAACCAAUGUCAGUAGUGCUCUUUGGCAUGGUGACUAAGUUCUGCAGUGGUCAUGCUCCACACUUCCCAAUGAAGAAAGUGCUACUGCUGCUGUGGAAGAGCAUCCUGUUCACGCUGGGUGGCUUUGAGCAGCUCCUGAGCAUUAAGGUGCUUAAACGGGAGGAGCUUGGGUUACCCCCCCUACCAGAGGAUAGCAUCCGUGUGGUUAGGAGCAUGAGGGCUGCCUCACCCCCUGCCUCCACCUCUGAUCUUCUUGAACAGCAGCAAAAACGCGCUCGUCGAGAACAUAAGGCACUCAUCAAGCAAGACAACCUUGAUGCCUUUAAUGAAAAGGACCCCUACAAAGCGGAUGAUAACCGUGAGGAUGAGGAUGAUAAUGACGACAGUGAGAAUACCCUGGAGCCUGAGAGCUUUCCAUUGGAGCGGGAUGAAGUCAUGCCCCUACCCCCACCACAGCCAGCUUGUGAAAGAUUAUCCUUCCCCAAGGGUCUACCAUGGGCCCCUAAAGUCAGGGAAAAGGACAUAGAGAAUUUUCUGGAAUCGAGCAGAAGUAAAUUUAUUGGAUAUACUCUUGGGAGUGACAUAGAUACUGUAGUUGGUUUGCCAAGGCCCAUCCAUGAAAGCAUCAAAACGUUGAAACAGCACAAGUAUGUCUCCAUAGCAGAGAUUCAGAUGGCCAAAGAAGAGGAGUAUCAGAAGACACCACUGUCUGGGGGUGAGGAGGAGGUUGACAUGUGUGCCACUGAGUUGCUGUACCAAGGAAUUCUUCCCAGUCUGCCUCAGUAUAUGAUUGCUCUGCUGAAAAUAUUGCUUGCAGCAGCUCCCACAUCUAAAGCUAAAACAGACUCCAUUAACAUCCUGGCAGAUGUGCUACCUGAAGAGAUGCCAACCACAGUCCUACAGAGCAUGAAGCUGGGGGUUGAUGUGAAUCGGCACAAGGAGAUCAUUGUGAAAGCUAUCUCUGCCAUCCUUCUGCUGCUUCUCAAACACUUCAAACUGAACCAUGUGUAUCAGUUUGAGUACAUGGCUCAGCAUUUGGUGUUUGCCAACUGUAUUCCUCUAAUCCUGAAGUUCUUCAACCAGAACAUCAUGUCGUACAUCACUGCCAAGAACAGUAUAUCAGUGUUAGACUUCCCCUACUGUGUGGUGCAUGAACUCCCAGAGCUCACUGCUGAAAGUUUAGAAGCUGGAGAAAACAAUCAGUUCUGCUGGAGGAACCUGUUCUCCUGCAUCAACCUGCUGAGGAUUCUCAACAAGCUCACAAAGUGGAAGCACUCUAGGACCAUGAUGCUGGUUGUGUUCAAGUCUGCUCCCAUUUUGAAGAGGGCUCUGAAAGUGAAGCAGGCCAUGAUGCAGCUGUAUGUCCUCAAGCUUCUUAAAGUGCAAACUAAAUACUUGGGUCGCCAGUGGAGGAAAAGCAACAUGAAGACGAUGUCAGCCAUCUACCAGAAAGUUCGGCACAGGCUCAACGAUGACUGGGCGUAUGGCAACGCAGACCUGGAUGCACGGCCGUGGGACUUUCAAGCAGAGGAGUGUGCACUGCGUGCUAAUAUUGAACGAUUUAACAGCCGCCGCUAUGACAAGAACCAGGCCAACCCUGACUACUUGCCUGUGGACAACUGUCUGCAAAGUGUGCUUGGACAGCGUGUGGACUUGCCAGAGGAUUUUCAGAUGAACUAUGACCUCUGGCUUGAGCGAGAGGUGUUUUCUAAGCCUAUUUCCUGGGAAGAGCUCCUUCAGUGAGGAUGGAGCUGUGGGUGAGCAUCCUUAGAAAAUACUUCAGUAGACUGAAAAUGGAAAUAAUACCCACAAUUCGAAAACCGGUCUAAAAGCCAGCAUGACUUGGCUACUAAAAAUAAUGCUUGGACAUUUUAUUUUAACAUUGCUGUAUAACCAUAUUGCUUGCAGUAGUGUCUGUUGUUUGUCAAAUUAUCUUUGCUGAUAAUUAUUCAUUUUACUUGUCUUAUUUUAAGGGGCACACUACACUGUGAGUGCUCUGGUACAUUCCCAAAUACUGGUGAAGUGUGGGUGUUGUGUAGGAUAAAGGAUCGAUCCUGGAACACUACCCACCAUACUGGACCAUCCCACUAGUAGUUUUGUUGGAGCAGUCUGAUGGUCUCUAACAUCUAGCUGGUCUGAAACGGCCUUUCUGUACUGUGUGCUUUUGUACUGGUUAUGUGGGGGUGCUGCUGAAGAAGGAUUUACAUGGACCUUUCUCAUAGACACGGAUGUAGUGUCCCAACUUCCUGAAGAUGGGGACUCAUCUGUAACAAGUUUUGUUUUAGGUUGUUUUUGUGUGCUUGCUUUUUUAGGACAGGCUAUUGGUGUGUAUUCCUGAAUAUAUAUUCCUGGGUCUGGGUAUUUGUCUGGUAUUCUAAGUUGGAAUGGUUUGAGAAAGAUAGUUCGGGGUGAGAUUACUACCUCAGAACGCUAGGUUAUAAAGAGGUUGAGGGUAUACAAGUGUCUUCUCUAAUUUGACAAGAACCUCAAAAAGAAAAAAAAGAAACAAAAGGGAUUUAGUAUCCUCUUCAGUCACAUCUGUGAUUAUGUCAUACGUUGCAUUGUAACUUGUUUUUAUAGAUCUGGCCAGAUUUUUAAAGGAAUCUUUAAAAAUGUAUGUCACUAAAGGAAUCAGUAUUAUAAUUGCUAUUCAUGGUUUGUGUCUUACCUUACUUGUUUCUCUUGAACAUAAACAACAAAUAAAUAAAUGCUCUUGAACUUAA